AUGUGCCCUGAAGAUUAUUGGCCAAAUACAGUUAAAGAUUUCUGUACUACAAAACAUAUUGAGUUUCUUUCAUAUGAAGAUCCCCUGGGUAUAGCCCUGGUGACAUUUUCUACUGUAUUCUCCCUGAUGCCAGCUAUAGUGUUUUGUAUCUUUAUGAAAUAUAAUAAAAGCCCAGUUGUGAAAGCCAAUAACCGUGAAGUCAGCUACUUUCUCUUGUUAUCACUACAGUUAUGUUUGCUAAUUCCACUCAUAUUUAUUGGUCCUCCAAAGAACAAGACUUGUGCUUUCAGACAAACAGCUUUUGGCAUAUCCUUUUCAAUCUGCGUCUCUUCAGUACUGGCAAAAACCAUUACAGUAGUCGUUGCCUUCAAUGCCACAAAACCACAAAGUCAUUUGAGGAUCUAUAUUGGACCAAAGAUGUCAUUUGCUACUAUAUUUUGUUGUUCUGUCAUUCAGUGUUGCAUAUGUAUUGUGUGGCUGUCAGUUUCCCCACCCUUUUCAGAGUCUGACAAGAACUAUCCUGGGAAGAUAGUCAUUCAGUGCAAUGAAGGCUCAGUUCUCAUGUUCUACUUAAUGCUGGCAUAUUUAGGCAUUCUUGCAACUGUAACCCUUAUAACUGCAUUUCUUGCCAGGAACCUUCCAGAUAGCUUCAAUGAGACGAGAUUUAUCACAUUUAGCAUGAUUGUUUUUAUAAGUGUUUGGCUGUCAUUCAUACCUGCUUACAUCAGCACAAAGGGGAAAUAUAUGGUCGCUGUGGAGAUUUUUGCAAUCUCUUCAUCAAGUGCUGGGUUAUUAAUUUGUAUAUUUUUACCCAAAUGCUAUAUUAUUCUUAUGAGACCAGAUAAGAACACUAAAGGACACAUUACAAGACAGCAAACCACUAAUUAUAUAUCUUAA